AAAAAGCAAACUGAUGUUACAUUCCUCACCAAACGUGUCGUCUGCUACCGAAACGAAACGCAGGGUGAGUGCUGAUGUUGUGCUAGACGAAAGAACCCGCUUCCCUUGGAAUUCGUAGCCUUUUCUGUUUCUUUAAAGCUGCCGCUUCAUAUCGAUGAUGAGAGAUAAAAAUGGCUUCCGGAAACUGCCACUGUUUACUUUGUUUCUGUUCGCCCAGGUGGCGCGGCCACCGCCGCGCCUUGCGGCAAUGAUCGCGUUGACUUGCGGCAUACUGCUGGAGCCGCGAAAUCAUUGAACAGCACCUGGAUAUCGUACGCGUCCAAGCGCUUGCAAGCAGGCAGCAUGAAUGAAUACUGAGGGCAUGUCUUCAAUCUUCACUAGUAUGGAGGAAGCCAGCGAUGAUUUCUUCAUUUCUUAUGAGAAAUCUAUGUCGGCUCCGACAACCCCGACUGAGACUUCAGUGAUGCUCGCUCAUGGCGUCUCGCACAAACGAAGAGGCAAGGGCCACCGGGUGAAUUUCCCCGAAGACGACCGCAUAGUCACAGGUUAUGUCGAACCUCCAAACCCGUGGGGAAACACGUCCAUGCUGACGUCAGAUGAUCUCUUGGAGGCGUACCGGAAGUCGUGUGUCAAACAGGGAGUCAAGCCCAUACCCUGCGUGGUUUCGCAAGUGAAGUCUAUGUCACUAUAUAAUGACAGGACGCAAGACUUAAAUCUAAAAGGUGAGACGCUGAACGCCAAGCACUGCGAAGCAAUGGAGGACAUAUUCAAGGCCGUACAAUUCAACAACAUCAGCCUCGAGUCAUGUAACCUUGACGAUGAGGGUGCAGCUACAGUCUUCGACAUGAUUGAAUACUACGAAUCGGCAAAACGACUGAACAUCUCACACAACAAAAGCAUAGACUCCAGAGGCUGGCAAGCAUGCUCAAGGAUGCUCAAACGAACAUCGUGCUUACAACACCUAGACGCAAGAAGCACAGCACUAAGCGAACAGACGCUGUUGAUUCUUGGAAGAGCUCUUCGUUUGGGGUCUCACCUACACUCAUUACAUCUGGAAAACUGCUCACUCACUGGCAGGUCAUUAGUCAUAUUGGUUGCGGCACUAAAGCUCAACCCUGCCCUGAAGGAGCUGUACCUGGGCGAGAAUGGGAUGUGUUCAGCAGAUGGCCUGCAGCUAGCCAACUUGCUGCGGGCAAACUCCCACCUUGAGUACCUCGACUUGCGGGGGAACCGCCUGCAGGAUGUUGGUGUCUCGCACCUGGCCGAUGGACUAGCACGACAGCCCGAAGGCUCAGGCGACGGACUCCAGACACUGGUGCUCUGGAACAACCACAUCACACCGGCAGGGAUGAGGCAUGUUGCCCGGGCCCUGAUUGGCACAAGAUCACUCAUCACUCUCAACCUUGGCCAUAAUCACGUUGGAAAUGAGGGAGUACACACACUCAAGGAUGCACUUCUCAGAAACAAGACACUACACAAUCUGGGUCUCCAAUGCACAAAGAUAACUUGUGAGGGUGCAGUGGCACUGGCCGAAGUCAUAGCCGACAGUCAAAACCUGACACGGCUGGACCUGAGGGAGAAUGCAAUUCGAAUGGGAGGCGUCAUGGCUCUGGCGCAGUCGCUGCGGCUGAGCAAGCACAUCACGCGUCUUGACCUGGACCCAGUGAAAGCCAGUUUGGACAGCGAAGAAGAUGCGGCAAGCUAUGCCAAACUUUUCCACGAAAUCUUAGACCACUGUCGCAAGAACCGGAGGCCGAGCCAAGCCGAGACCCCAACGUCGACCUUCUUCAACGGACAGCCACCCGAAGCACCAAAGACGACGGUGGCGGAAACGGUUACCACUUCCAGCAGCGCACCAACCACACAACGCCCACCGUUGAACAGCAGCCUCUCCAUCAACACGGUCAUCAACGGGAACCCCAUUCCUCCGCCGAGUCCCAACAGCAGGUUCCGGGUCUCCAGGGUCUGCCUCGAAACAGACGCAGAACACAGCAGCGAAUCGUCUGGCCGCCACAACGAGGAGAAACUCGAACGCUCUCACAGUGCUCCGGCGUCUGUGCCAUCCAGGUUCACCGUCACACCCGUCAACGGAUUCAGCGCAGUCGACGAAGAAAAGAAGGAAGGGAAAGACGAUCAAGACUUCAUGGGACACGAGGUGUCGGAACCAGUGCCAAUACCGCACCAGCGAUACGAAGGUUCCGCGGAAGAUGCGGACAACUUUGACAAGGAAGAAGAAGAAGAAGAAGAAGAAAUGGCGUCGGAUUCUCCAUCCUUUGGACGAACGAGUCCUCCCUGGUUCAUGUAUCCAGCAACGGCCCACCAGAAGAAAAACGGGGAGGAGAGAAAGAGGAAGAUAUCUUUCUUCCUCCCAGAAGGGGAGGAGGUGAGGUCUUCAGUAACAGGGAUGCGGAACGAUCGCAGGAUGAGCACACCGGCGAUGCCAGUGACUCGCUAUGCGAGCAAGAAGAAGUUGACUCUGAAGUUGUGCAAGAGGCUGGAAAGCUUAGAUCUGCGGAGUUCGGUGCCACUGUCGCCAACGAGGCUGCUGGAAAGCUGGGUGACAAGUUUGGUGUCUGAGGAACUCCUUACGGAAAACCUUCCAGACUGCUGUGGGUUUCUGCAGCAGUUAGCUCUCAUGGACACCGGCUAAACUCGUAUGACAGUGCUCAAGACGUUGCAUGCCAGAGAGUAACAACAACACUACAUUUCUGUUAUGGGACACCUGUACAUCUGUGUAUACUCCUGUGCAGGGCUUGCAGCAACCGGACAUGAACAGUUCCUGUACUUUCUGAGAUCAAACUGUCUCCCGUGUGUCUUACGUGUGCCGAACCUAGAAAGGCUUUCACAAACUUUGAUUGUGUUGCAUAAGAUACGCUCUAUUUAUUUAUCGGAGUUUACUGUCAAGGUGUUAUAGUUGACACUAAAACAAAGAAGUGAAGCUAAAAGUAAAGCUGAUUAUUGGAAAAAUAACCGUGACACACCUCUUUUCAACCGAAGAAAAGAGAGUUCGGGUGUCAUUAAAAUAAAUGAUUAUGUGAAUGUUCUUAGACUAGUUCCGUGGCGUCAAGUAGUUAAGUCAUCACACGCUCGUCACCCGUAGAAGAGACGAAAUCCGUAAGCAUGUUUUUCUGUAAAGUACUCCACACCGUCUCUGUAUUUCCCUGGACUUGUAGCUGGUGGUGCCAAACAAUGCAACUUAACGGAAGAAGUGCAAGGGCGCAGGCGAACUGGUACAUGAUAAUACGAAGGGAACCCAGAGACAGGGGAAAGAAAAUACGAAACACACACGAUCUCAGCAGAGGUAGAUCGUGUGUGUUUCGUGUUUUCUUUCCCCUGUCUCUGGGUUCCCUUCGUAUUAUAAUGCAACUUAAGCAUUCUCUGCAAGUGCAUGUUGUCCUGUCACCUUGUGACCAUUGUAGAUUAUGCUAAACUGUGUACAUAGAGCACUUUAAGACACCUCGCUUUGGUGGGAUCUUCUCUGGCAAGUUAUGAGCGUCUAACCUGGACGAUGCUUUGGAAUGCUUGUUAAAAUAUUUUAGAGUUUAUGCCGUGUUCACACAAACACCAAGACUGCCAUGUCUACGGACUGCUUAGCUCUAUAGAAGGCAGACAAUUUGUCACAAGAGGCAAAAGGGAUAUUUUUACAGUCGGUUUCGAAGCAUGCAAUAGCAGGGCUUCGCAUAGCAUAGCUUUAGUACUUUUGUGCUCUUGCGAAGUCCUUUGCAUUCCUAAAGACACAUGUUUGUUGACAUAAAUUUUAAUGAUCAAAUCUUGGAAAGAAAACUUAUGUCUGCAGUCGUUCUCCAGCUGCAAAAAUUAGAGAUUUAGUAUUUAAAAAAAUGCUCAGCAUUGUUUGUUGCCGAAAGGCUGGUUAGAUGACCUCAGGGGUCACCUUUGGGGUGCUAGGUGGUCAACCGUUGUUACAAUGUGACUAUUACCAUAUUACAAAAUAUAUGUGUGCUGAAAAGCAUAACAGGUGACGCAGAGUGUGUUUUGCUCUGCCGUUUAACGAUAUGGUGUUAGAGUUUGUUAAAAGAGUUAUUACACAGCAUAGGUAACUGUUGUAGAGGUAGCUCUAUGUUUGUAAAUAAUGAUGUAGUUAAGUGGUGUGCAAUACCUCUUAUGGUUUUGUACAUAUAAGCCAAUUAGUUUUUUAAAAGCUUUCACGCUGUUAUAGAACGGUGCUGGUUUGCUUUUUCAUAAAUUAAUUUUUCUUUCCAAGCGCAGCUCUUUUCGUUGCAGACAUGAAGGAACAGAGAGUCAGUCUAAUCUGGCGUGCGUGGCCAGUGAUAUAUUGAUGUACAGAUGUAAAUGAAACAAGAACGUGGUACCGGUGAAAAUAUGUGCCCCAUGAAGGUUUUAUCUUUUCAGGCAGACUCUUCCAGUUGUGAUCUGAGAAAGGCUAUGCCUGGAGUGUGGUAUGGUGUACAGGUUAUGAAAUACGAGAAUGGCGUUUAUUUUAUGAUGUGUGAUCCAUCAUGCAUUGUGAAGCUGUUGAACUACCUAUCCUACAAGGAUUAGAGCGUGUUUUUAUUUUGUACAGAUGAGGUGUUUGAACAUUGUGAAUACUUUAAGAUAGUAGUUCCAAUGCUGUUUUGUUGGAAAUAUUUUCUGUAUGUAGUUUUUAAAUUUGAACUGGAAAAUAUAUAUGUACAUGUACGUGUAGAUAUGUUCAAUAAAUAAGCAUAAAUU